AUGUUUUACGAACCAGGAAAGACAGAGCAUAACCUUCCCUAUGAUCCUUUCAAGGCCUGCGUCAUCCCCCGACCCAUAGGCUGGAUCAGCACCAUAUCACCUCCAGAUACCACUAUCAACGGCGCGAUAACCCCCCACGAUCAUGGCAACAUCCCAAAUCAAGGACGAAAACCGAUAGCCAACCUCGCCCCCUUUAGCCAAUUCAAUAACCUGACCUUCGACCCACCUUACGUAAUGUUUUCCGCAAACCAAACUCCCUUCAACAACCGCAAAGACACCGUCCGCAAUGCUGAAGCUACUGGCGUCUUCUGCUGGCAACUUGCGACGUGGCCCUUGCGCGAAGCCGUCAACAAAUCCGCCGAACAACUUGCAUACGGUGUUGACGAGUUUGAACGUGCCGGCCUCGAGAAGACGUGGUCGAAGGUCCUCAGGCCGUCUGUCCCCAUGGUCAAAGACAGUCCCGUACGAUUCGAGUGUGAGUAUUAUUCAACGCUGAGGUUGCCGGGGAAUCCGCCUAUGGGGACUGCGGAUAUUGUGAUCGGCCGGGUAGUGGGUGUUCAUAUUGACGAGAGGGUUUUGACGAAUGGGAAGAUCGAUGUCAGGAAAACUCAGCCGAUUGCUAGAUGCGGGUAUUAUGAGUAUACGGUCGUGAACGAGACUUUUGAUAUGAUCAUUCCCGGAGACCCAGCUACCUUGUUUGGAUUGGAAGGCAGUGUCAAACAGCACAGGGAACAUAGAGAAGCAGCUGAAAAUUUGGGCGUGAAUGAAGACGGGCCUCCUUGA